UGGCAGAGAGCACAUCCGCAUCCACUGAGCUAACGUCGACUGAACCAGUGUCCACACAUCCUUGACCGGGAGUGGACCGUAUAACGCAUCGGGUCUGUCUGGUAGUCUUCUGUCUCCUAGUCUGCCUUCCCCACUCGCAGUCCAUAGAUCGAGGCAAUCGACAAAGGAUAUCCGCAGCAAGGUGGUGCGGCCCGACGGGUGCUGGGGGACCAAUGAUCUGACACUGAGGCGAAGGAACCUGUGUCACCAUGGGCUGUGCUCACUGCAAGCAGAAGAAGGCCAAAGCGGCUGAGAGCUCGACACCUGCGGCAUGCAACACGAUGGGUGCAUCAGAGCUCUCUGCCACGCCCCGAUACGUGCCAGAGCCCACCCAGCCGUCAUCCGGCGGCCUCAUCCCUGACUUCAACAACUACCCCAGCACCACAGGCUCCAUGGGCUUCUCCUCCAGCACUGCCCAGCCAAGAGUCACAGGCGGAGGGGUAACACUCUUCAUUGCCCUGUAUGACUAUGAUGCUCGCACUGAGGAUGACCUCUCCUUCCAGAAGGGCGAGAAAUUCCACAUAAUCAACAACACGGAAGGGGACUGGUGGGAAGCUCGCUCCCUGGACACCGGGAGCACCGGCUACAUCCCUAGCAACUACGUGGCUCCGGUAGACUCCAUACAGGCAGAGGAGUGGUAUUUUGGGAAGAUGGGGCGCAAGGAUGCGGAGCGGCAGCUGCUGGCGCAGGGGAACCCGCGUGGGACAUUCCUCAUCCGCGAGAGCGAAACCACCAAGGGGGCAUACUCUCUCUCUAUCCGGGAUUGGGAUGACAACAAAGGGGAUCAUGUCAAGCACUAUAAGAUACGCAAACUGGACAAUGGUGGCUAUUAUAUCACCACCCGCACACAGUUUGACACCGUGCAACAGCUGGUUGAGCACUAUACAGAGCGUGCCGCAGGCUUGUGCUGUCGAUUGAUUGGCAGCUGUCGCCGGGGAAUGCCCAAGCUGGCGGACCUGUCAGUCAAGACCAAGGACGUGUGGGAGAUCCCGCGCGAGUCUCUGCAGCUCAUUAAGAAGCUGGGGAACGGGCAGUUUGGGGAAGUCUGGAUGGGUAUGUGGAACGGCACCACCAAAGUGGCGGUGAAGACGCUGAAGCCGGGCACAAUGUCUCCGGAGGCCUUCCUGGAGGAAGCCCAGAUCAUGAAGCGCCUCCGCCACGACAAGCUGGUACAGCUGUACGCUGUGGUGUCAGAGGAGCCCAUCUACAUCAUCACUGAGUUCAUGAGCCAAGGAAGCUUGCUGGACUUCCUGAAGGAUGGAGAGGGCAGGAAUCUGAAGCUGCCACAGCUGGUGGAUAUGGCUGCACAGAUUGCAGCCGGAAUGGCCUACAUAGAGAGGAUGAACUACAUCCACCGAGACCUGCGAGCCGCCAACAUCCUGGUGGGGGACAACCUGGUGUGCAAGAUCGCCGACUUCGGCCUGGCGCGUCUCAUCGAGGAUAACGAGUACACAGCCCGGCAAGGGGCCAAGUUCCCCAUCAAGUGGACAGCCCCUGAGGCGGCGCUCUUCGGAAAAUUCACCAUCAAGUCUGAUGUCUGGUCCUUUGGCAUCCUUCUGACAGAGCUCAUCACCAAGGGCCGCGUGCCUUACCCAGGGAUGAAUAACCGGGAGGUGCUGGAGCAGGUGGAGCGGGGGUACCGCAUGCCGUGCCCGGUGGGGUGCCCGGCCUCCCUCCAUGACCUGAUGCUGCAGUGCUGGCGGAAGGAGGCGGACGAGCGCCACACCUUCGAGUAUCUGCAGAGCUUCCUGGAGGACUACUUCACCGCCACUGAGCCGCAGUACCAGCCCGGAGACAACCUGUGAGGGGAGGGGGCCUGUACCGCCCCCCCCCCCCCCUUCCUCUCACCACAUGCAAUGAAGAGUGCCUUGGACUCCAAGCAGCUUGGUUCUUACCCCUCAGUCUCCUCUGACUAUCUGCCUCUUUUCCUGUCUCCCUUUCUCCCCCUUCCUUUCCCCUCACCCUCUACCAUCUCUUUCUCUUUC